AUGGCCAUGUGCUUGUUCAUCCUCCAUAUAGCCACUACACACAUCCACAGGCUCACUAAUGGGGGCAAGGAAAAAAGGGCUGCCUAUUAUUCAUAUCACCGGAGUUUGAUGGAAAGAGAUAGGCACAUCUCUGGAGUUAGUUGUUACUUACUAUGCAUCAAAGGGUUUGGAAAAUACUGA